CGAGCUCUGAGGAUUACCUGUGGAAGCUCACCUGGAUUUUGAUUUGGAGGAGGAUGCUGUUUUGAUAACUGGUGUGUAUUCUUCUGGAGGUGGAAUAUCUUCUCGUAUCGCCGGACAGCACAGGUACAACAACUUGAUGAUCUUCACACCUUAGCAAGAACAUCACAGAACAACAGUGGAGGAAAUGGAGUUUCGAUUUGGGUUCAGGAUCAUACUGGUCCUGACCACACUGGCUCUGACACUAUUUGGAGGAGGUGUUGAAGCUCAAAGGGCAGGGUGCAAGAACGUUCACUAUGACCUGGUCUUCAUCUUGGAUACUUCGUCCAGUGUGGGCAAGGAAAACUUUGAGAAGAUCCGUCAGUGGGUGGCGAAACUGGUGGAAUCUUUCGAAAUAGGCAUGGAUAAAACACGUGUGGCCGUCGUCCGCUACAGCGACCGGCCAACCGCCGAAUUUAACCUGGGCAGGUACAAAACCCUCGAGGAGGUCAAGCGUGCCGCUGGGAACAUACGCUACGUGGGUGGGAACACCAAGACUGGAGACGCUAUAAGUUUCACCGUCAACAACAUCUUCACGGAGAGGACGGGAGCACGGCCCGCCGCCAAGGGCUUUCAAAAAGUGGCCAUCUUGGUAACUGAUGGCAAGAGUCAAGAUUACGUUCUAGAGCCGUCUGUGGCGGCCGCGGCUGCUGGAGUCAGGUUGUUUGCGUUGGGGAUCGGAGAGGCCCUAAAGGAGGAACUGGAGGAGAUUGCCGCCGAGCCCAAAAAUGCUCACGUGUUCCAUGUGACCGACUUCGACGCCAUUGAUAAGAUCAGGGGGAGGUUGAGGAGGAGACUCUGCGAGAACGUCCUGUGUCCCAACAUGAAGGUCCAGUCGGGACGAUUCAGACCGAACAGCACCAGUGCUGGACAGACGGAGGUCCCAGGUUUUGAUUUGAUGGAAUACUUCAAUGUGAGAGAUUUUCUGGGGGAGAAGUUUGAGCCUGGUCAAACCCCCUACGUGAGGCUCGGGACCAUGCCCAUUGUCCAAAAAACAGAAGAUGUGUUAUCUCAAGGUCUACCCGAUGAAUAUGCCUUUGUGACAACAUUUAAGUUCAGGAAAACGUCUCGUAAGGAUAACUGGUACCUGUGGCAGGUCUAUGACAAAUACGGCAUCCCGCAGGUUUCCAUCCGUCUGGACGGCGAGAACAGAGCGGUGGAGUACAAUGCAGUGGGUCUGACUAAGGAUGCGGUCCGGGCCGUCUUUAAGAACCCAGAAGUGGACGACCUGUUUGACCGUAACUGGCAUAAGAUCGGAAUGAGGGUGGACUCCAAGUCUGUGUCGCUCUUCUUGGACUGCAAACACAUUGAGACGGUGCCCAUCGAGGACAGAGAGGAUAUCGAUAUCCAGGGAAAGACCGUCAUCGGAAAGAGAGUCUACGACAGCGUACCGAUUGACUUUGACCUCCAAAGAAUGGUGAUCUACUGUGACGGUAAACAAGCCGAGCAGGAGACAUGUUGCGAUGUUCCUGGUGCUCCUUGUGAACAAACUCUGGUGACCGAGGCCCCCCCUCUCCCAUUGCCCACCCCAAAACCCACCAGUGCUGAGCAGCAGAAACCAGCCACGUUCAACUGCUCCUGUCCCGCAGGGGAAAGGGGUCAGACAGGCCCACAGGGUGUCAUGGGGCCCAAGGGUGAUAAGGGUGAUUAUGGUCUCAAAGGGCCAGAGGGACCACCAGGAGUCAAAGGGGAGAGAGGAGAGCGUGGUGAGGCUGUCUCUAUCAAAGGUGAUAGAGGGGAAAAGGGGGACAGAGGUGAGCAGGGUGAAACAGGAGCCAGAGGAAACAGGGGAGAGAGAGGUUUAGAUGGUUUGAAAGGGCUGGCUGGAAAGCAUGGUGAUAAAGGAGAGAGAGGUGGGCCAGGACUUACAGGUGAAGCUGGGUUACCUGGGCCCCUCGGACCAAAGGGUAUCCAAGGUGAUUCUGGUCCUCCAGGUAAUCCAGGUCCUCAGGGGGUCUCUGGCAGUGCAGGAAUAAAAGGAGAAAAGGGAUUGUCUGGAGAUCGGGGUGAUCCAGGUCUAGAUGGGUUUCCAGGAAAAUCUGGAGUUCCAGGAAAAGAUGGUCUCAGAGGUUUAUCCGGUGCUCCUGGUACAAGUGGAGUCAAGGGAGAAAGGGGAGAGAGAGGACUUCCUGGAAUUCCUGGAAAUGCGGUUCAACUGGAUGGCCUGAAGGGGGAAACGGGCACCCCUGGUCCUCGAGGACCCCCAGGAGCAGACGGACCUCCUGGACCUCCUGGUCCAGCCGGACCCCAAGGUUUGCCCGGAGUGUCUGGCGAGAACGGACAAAGGGGUAAGAAAGGAGAGGAUGGUUUGGCAGGAGUCGAUGGGCUUCCUGGAGCACCUGGACCUCAGGGGCCUUCUGGACCUCCUGGCAGCCCGGGACAAGCAGGGUCUGCCGGCUUACCUGGAGAAACUGGAAAGGCAGGGAAACCAGGAGAACCAGGCCUUCCAGGAAGUGAUGGAUUAGAUGGCAUCCCUGGAACUGAUGGCGAUAGGGGACAAAGAGGAGAACCUGGACAGGAUGGUUUACUGGGCAAACCCGGACCGAAGGGAGAUGAAGGUCCUCCAGGACCACAAGGACCUGCAAGUGAACGGGGAGAGCCAGGUGUAGCCGGCCAAGCAGGCCCAAUGGGACCCAAAGGAGAGAGAGGAGGCCAGGGAGAAAGAGGAAGAGAUGGACCAACUGGGUCUAAUGGAGAAAAAGGAGACAAGGGUGACAUUGGGCCCAGAGGACCACCGGGAGCUCCAGGAAAUGUGGCCGAUGUGAUUCCUGAACCGGGUGAACCGGGCAGACCCGGGGAAAGGGGAGAGAAAGGAGACCAAGGAAAACCGGGCGAGAUGGGUCAAAGAGGGCUUCCUGGAGAGCAAGGAUUCACAGGACCGCCAGGACCUUUGGGGCCUAAAGGUGAAGGAGGUGAUAAAGGAGAACCCGGAAGAAAUGGAGACCCAGGUCCACCAGGAUUGACAGGCCCUCAGGGUCCCUCUGGGCUGCCAGGCAAUGUGGGCAUUCCAGGCAGUAUUGGUCCACCUGGUAUUGCUGGACAGAGAGGGGCGAAGGGUGAAGGAGGCAAAGACGGCCCCCCUGGACCACAUGGUCCAAUCGGUGCACCCGGUUUAAGAGGAGAAAUUGGUUUACCAGGAAAGAGCAAAGAAGGACCGAAGGGUGACACGGGACCUCCGGGUCCAGCUGGACCUCCAGGACUGAAGGGUUUGCCCGGUCCAUCGGGAAUGCAGGGGAUGCCUGGAGCCAGAGGACCACCGGGAGAGGGGACCACCGGACCCCCAGGUCCUCCUGGUUCUCCAGGGUCUACUGGAGCUGCGGGUUUGAGAGGACCUCCGGGGGUGACCGGACCACAGGGUCCCGCUGGACACAACGGUUUGCCUGGAAGACCUGGAGAAAAAGGUACUCCUGGAGAACAGGGAAAAGCUGCGGAUCUUUCCGAUUUAAACCUGAAGGACAUAUGUCGAGAUUGUCCUCCAGGACCGGCUGGACCUCCGGGUAUCCCUGGAGCCCUGGGAGAAAAAGGUCAUACUGGACCACCUGGUAAAAACGGUCAAGACGGUUAUCAGGGGCAACCUGGACCAACUGGACCUUCAGGACCGCCUGGUGCUGAUGGAGCCAAGGGGGUCAAAGGUGACAGAGGUCCUGCAGGAGCCGGUGGAGAUAAAGGAGAGAAGGGUGCUCCAGGAACGUCUGGAUAUCCAGGGGCGGCGGGUGCUAUGGGACCACCUGGUAAUGAUGGAAACCCAGGGCCUGUCGGACCACCGGGAGCACCUGGAGAAAAGGGUAAAGAGGGUCUAAAGGGAAUUCAGGGACCGCCAGGACUUCCAGGUCUGAUGGGCAUGAUGGGUAAACCCGGAAAGGACGGCAGACCUGGAGAACAAGGAGAACCGGGCAAACAGGGCGAGCCAGGACCAUCGGGUAGAGAUGGACUUCGAGGAAUGCCUGGUUUCAAAGGUCAUAGGGGAGAAUCAGGAUCUCCAGGGUCAAAGGGCGAGGACGGGAAGCAGGGUUCUCCUGGGCGUGAAGGUCCAUCAGGAAAAGACGGUAACGCAGGACCACCGGGGCCGGAGGGCAUGCUAGGACCACGAGGAGAACCGGGUCAACCGGGAAUACAAGGGCCGGCAGGCAAACCUGGAGCUCAGGGCAAUCUUGGUCAACCAGGACACAAAGGUGAAGCGGGCAGCCCGGGACUACCUGGAUUUUUAGGUCCUAAAGGGCCGUCGGGUCCGGCUGGUCCAAUUGGCCCAGAGGGGAAACAAGGUAUGCCGGGAAAAGCAGGGGACAGGGGCCAAAAAGGAGAAAAGGGUGAUAAUGGAAUAAAAGGUGACAAAGGACCCGUCGGCGAUCCGGGCAUCCCAGGUACAUCGGGACCUCCAGGUAGGAAGGGUCACACGGGUAUGAUGGGUAUGUCUGGACACCCGGGUGAAGUGGGUCUUACCGGGCCUCCUGGGACCCCAGGACAGCCGGGUCUUCCAGGACAAAGAGGCGAGACGCCAUCACUGGAACAACUGCGGAGACUCAUUCAAGAGGAACUUUCCAAACAAUUAGAUGCUAAAUUGGCCUACCUCAUGGCUCAGAUGCAGCCCUCGCAUAUAAAGAGCACGGCCGGGCGUCCCGGUCCACCUGGUCCCACAGGUAAAGACGGAUCUCCCGGUCGACAGGGACCAUCCGGAGAGCCUGGAAUGCCUGGACAAAAUGGAGCAGAAGGAUCCAGAGGACCAGUGGGUCCCAAAGGUGAACGAGGAACAAAAGGGGAGAAGGGAGAGGAUGGAAUUGGGCAAAGAGGAGAGACUGGUCCAAGUGGUCCCAUUGGUCCUCCAGGAAUGCCGGGAUAUGGAAAAGACGGUCUUCCUGGAGCCGCAGGAGCUCAGGGAGAGCCCGGUAACCCUGGUCCUCACGGUCAGCCCGGACCAUCUGGACCAACUGGGCAGUGCGACCCUUCACAGUGUGCCUACUACGCCAGCCUGGCAUCACGACCUCACACCAAAAACGUCAAGGGGACUUAAUAUCCCCCUUAACGUGCUGGACUAUAACAUCUAUUUAUGAACUUGGACAUUUAUCCAAGACCCGUUUGGAGAGUCUGAGAGGUGUGUGAAUGUGUGUGUGUGUGUGUGUGUGUGUGUAAAUGAAGUAUCACGCUAAUAACCCUUUGUACACAUCUUUAAUAACCCUUGGCACUUUUAACCCUGGGUUAACACUUGUACUGUAAUAUUGAAAGUGUCAGCACUUAGACUUACUGUCGGCACUUUGUGUUUUUUGGGAUUUAACCCCGAAUUAGGAAGUGAAUCUUGCCACAAAAGUAUUUUUGUGGAUGUACAGUAUUGAUCAGGUUAGCAAUUCAUUCUUGGGAAGGUUUCGAGGUUUUACUGUGGUAAACUCCAGUCUUACAUUAAACCCAGGGUUAAGAUUAGCCUUUGUUAUGGGUUAUUCUUUAAAAACAUGCCCAUCAGGGUUUUUCUUUUUAAAUUGGCAAGAGUCCAGUGGCCUCGUUUAUAAAACGUGCGUACACACAGAUCUGAUCGUAAAACAUGCGUACGCAAAAAUACACAACAACGUUCAUAUUUAUAAAAACGGUCUUUGACGUGGAAAAGUGCUGCAGUUUUUUGGAAAAGUAAGUCAUUCCUGCCGCUUGUAUGUGAUUUGUACCUUGACAGGUGCUCUUUCAUACAUCAAUGACAUUAUUUUGACAUCAUUAAAAGACGGAGAUCGUAAACUGUUAAGCUGCGCGCAAUUUCACCAUCACUUGCGAUUUAUAGAUUUCACAUCUGAUAAAGGUGUACACACGUUUGCUUUGCGUACGCUCCUUCUAUGAAUCACAAGUACGCACUUUAAGAAAUUAUCGUAAAAUCUAAUUUAGGACAUUUCCCCGUUUAAUGAAGGAAAGUUUGUACAUUUCACACUGUGAUGUCAUGAUGACACGGUCUUGCUGACAGUAUUCAGUGAUGCCAUUGGCCUGUAGUCCUAUUGAUAUUAUAUUAUAAGAUGUUGGGAGGUUCUGUUGACUUCACUUAUCAAUAAGGAUUGGAGACACGCAUACGGUGUCCUUUCCUGCUUUUGUAAUGUAGCUUCAAAGAUUUUUAUAAGAUACAUUAGUUUUUAGUCAUGAAUUAUAAUAUACUGUUUUGAUUAGUUCAUUUCUAUGCUUUUCUUCUUCGAAGAGGACUCAAAGGCUUGUGAAUCAGCUGGUUUGUCAUAUAACACAUAUGAAUGAAUGAUGAAUUAACCCCAGAGAGGGUUGGGACUAGAGUAGUUCACAUUUUUAGGGCAUCACCUGAUUCUUGGAUCCUUCAGGACUUGAAUCUAAAUGGGUUAAAAUUUUACAUCAAUUUGUCUGUUUAGCUGCAGCUUUCCUAUUAACUUCCAGGAACUAUUGAGAGGCUCCAUAUUCCGCCGUUGUUGUAAAAACUGUUCCAUGUAGUCAACAGAGUCUCUCUCAACGGCUCUGGUUAACACAAGACAUAACAUUUGGGGUGUUGUGUCUCUUUAAACUCGAGUUUAUGUUGAUGGACAGUUUAUUUCUUUGUUGUAUCUGAAAGACCAUCAAGUGCCUUUUUAAAUUAAAACAUUUUUGCACAUCCUGUCAUAAAAAGCCAGAAAAACCUGCCAUUGCCAUUUUCACUUUAAAUCGUUGGUUCUUUGUCAUUUUUCAUAUGGUGGAACACCCAAAAAAAAUUAUGAGCAUGAUGGAACAUGCAGUACCAUCAGAAAUGUUUUAACGGCUCGAUUUCUCAUACAGUUCCAAUUAAAGGCCUUGAGAGAGAAAAAGAGAGAGAGAGCAAGAGAGUGGGAGAGAGAACCUCAUCAGUUCAGCGCAAGCAACGUGAUACCAAUAAUAUUUCAAUAUGAAAAGUUCAAGCUUCUGCCGACAUUAAUCUUUUCUUUGAGAAUUUUUGUGAUUUUAUACUGUAAACUUCUGUUUUCUUUGAUUUCUCACAGAGCUUUAGUACAUUUAUCAUUAUUGACAUAAAAUUAUUCCCCAUGAUAGCGUGAUUCUUAUGUGCUUGUGUGCCCUAACUCGUCGCAUUUAAGAAAUGAUGUUUUGAUACCACGCAAUGUAUUUUGCCAAGCUCACCUUAUUGCUAUGCAAAGUUAUGUAAAUGUAUGGUGCUUUAUUUCAACGCAGGCCAAAGUCAAACGCAUCGCUAUCAUUUUCACCUCCAACAUAUUUAAAUAUAGUUGAGUUUGUAUUCACUUGUUAGAUUGGCUUCUUUGAGCUGUUAAUGAGCGACUGAUUUUGUUUAUGCAUAUUAGUUUGAGUUAAAUUAUUGUAAUGAAGUUCAGGUGCAGGCAAUGUAAAUGAGUAUAAUUUAUGCAUGGUACACUGUACCUGUUAUACUGGUUCUCUGGUGCUAUUAUUUAGCUUAAUUUAGUUGAUGUG